UUGACCUAACUAUUUUAAAAAUAUGUGGACCCGCGACUUUCUGACUGACAAUAUUGCCGGGCUCUUGGUUCGCACACUUACCGUCGCCAACCCCUCGUCGAUAAUUCUGUUGAGAUCUUCGAUUUUCUCUUUCGCCAGAUGGGCACCAAUACGCUUCUUGCUCGUGUCAUUAUGCGUCGUCAGGUAUGGCAAGAUCUUUCCCGUCCAAAGACUAAUCAGUCGUUCUUUGCUUUGAAUGUCCGGAAACUUCUCCAUGAAUGUCCUGAGUGAAAUGCGUCGUGCCGCCGUCUCAUCAUAAAAGCGCUUAUAGUCGACAGGAUUGGCACCUCUUUCUUGUGGUUGUGGAGUAUGUUCCGAUUCCUCGUGCAGAAUGACAGUAGACAAGAUGUUAGUUUCACGAAGGACAAGGCUGAUCUUCAACUCGUGGAGUGCGCUCGAGAAGGUUUCGAUCAAGAGAAUGCACGCUCAGAUUACGCUGGAAGACGCACAACCAGCACCCAGGGGCCAUCACCGUCGUCCCCCACUUGUCAUAGGCAGGGAAUGUUGACAGCUACAGAAACCGGCGCGUGGAUCACAGCCUCACACAUUCUCCUCAUAACCGAAAAUGUGCAUAGCAAUUCUCAAGGCGUUCCCCAAGAGUCUGACCAGGAGUGUUGGGGGCCCCGUCCAAUCGGAAUCGCGAGCAACAUGGCAAGUGGAAGGAGAAUGGACGCUCCAUUACACAAGAAGAAGCACUACUUGUUUCCUUAUCCAUCACCAAGCUCCAUUCCUUGCCGUAACGGAAUGAGAGUUGGCUGCGAAAUGCAUGCAUUCCGCGCUGGGUGGACCAGCUUCACACACCGCGUUUUCCGCAUCGCGCAUGUGCAUAUCCAUCCACAGAGCUUUCCCCAAGUGUUCGGCUAGGAGGGCUUGGGGACCCUAUCGUCCACAUUAUUUUGCCAUGGUGCUCUUUCCCUAGUCUCCAAACACAGCAAAUUACAUAAAACGUACCUUGGAGGACAUGGCGCG